AUGUCAGCUUUUGCAUCCUCCGCCCAAAUCGCAAACUGCGCGGCGAAAGCGUCCUACGGCAGAUUCCGAAAAUCUUCCAAAUCAGCCGCCAAGACCUCCUCCUCCUCGAGACGAGGUCUCUCCGUCUCCGCCAUGGCGGUGAAAGCGCCGGAGUUGGACAUCAACACCAAAGUGUUCACCAAAGAGAUGGUUGACGUCGCCGGCGAGCAAGAAUACAUCGUUCGUGGCGGCAGAGAUAAGUUCUCGUUGUUGCCGGCGGCGUUGAAGAGCGUCAAAUCCAUCGGCGUCAUCGGGUGGGGGUCGCAAGCGCCGGCGCAAGCGCAAAAUUUUCGCGAUUCGCUCGCGGAAGCUGGGUUGGCGGACCAAAUUUCCGUCAGCAUUGGUCUGAGACCGGACUCGAAGUCGAACGACGAGGCGAGAAAGUUGGAUUUUACCGAGGAGAAAGGGACUCUCGGCGAGACGUUUGACGUGAUUGCAAAGUCUGAUUUGGUCAUGCUUUUGAUUUCGGACGCCGCGCAAGCGAAGAUGUACCCGAGAAUUUUAGCCGCCAUGAAGCCAGGGUCGACGUUAGGUUUGUCCCACGGGUUUUUGUUGGGCGUCAUGAAAUCCGACGGCGCGGAGUUUAGAAACGAUAUCAACGUUGUUUUGGUGGCGCCGAAAGGUAUGGGCCCGUCCGUGAGACGAUUGUACGAGCAAGGUAAGGAAGUGAACGGUUCCGGUAUUAACGCGUCGUUUGCGGUGCACCAAGACGCGACUGGGGAUGCCACGGAUAUCGCUUUGGGCUGGUCCAUCGCUUUGGGUUCGCCCUUUACGUUUGCGACAACUUUGGAGAUGGAAUACAGAUCAGAUAUCUUUGGCGAGAGAGGUAUUUUGUUGGGCGGCGUGCACGGCAUCGUCGAGUCUUUGUACAGAAGAUACGUCCGAAACGGCAUGUCCAAGGAGCAAGCGUUUAAAGAAACCGUGGAAUGCAUCACUGGACCAAUCACAAAGACGAUUUCCACCAAGGGGAUCAAGGCGGUGUACGAUGAAUUGAUGACUACGCCGGCGAUGAAAGAAGAGUUUAUGAAGGCGUAUUCCGCGGCGUACGCGCCGACGAAGGAUAUUCACUACGAGUGCUACGAAGAAGUUCAAUCGACGAACGAAAUCAAGUCGGUGUGCAUGGCUGUUGAAAGGUUUAACAAAUUCCCGAUGGGCAAAAUCGACGGGACGGAAAUGUGGAAAGUUGGGGAGAAAGUUCGCGCUGAGAGAGUGGAAUCGGAGAUUCCGGUCAACGCCACGACGGCGGGCGUGUAUUGCGCGUGCAUGAUGUCGCAAAUCGACACGUUGCGCGAAAAAGGUCACUCGUUCUCGGAAGUUUGCAACGAGUCCGUCAUCGAGGCGGUUGAUUCGUUAAACCCGUACAUGCAUGCGAGAGGUGUCGCGUAUAUGGUUGACAACUGCUCGUACACGGCGAGAUUAGGGAGCAGAAAAUGGGCGCCGAGAUUUGAUUACAACUUGGACCAACGCGCGUACGUCGACUUGGACAACAACAAAGGCAUCGACAAGGAAUUGGAAAGCCAAUUCUUGAACUCCACCGCGCACAUCGCGAUCAAGAAUUGCUGCGAGUUGCGACCGUCGGUUGAUAUCUCCGUCCAGUUUGGCGUCGGCCAAGCUCGGGAGAUUGAGAACAUCGACAUGGGCUUAGGGAAGAAGUAA